GGGCGAGAGGCAGCCUGGGAAGCAGCGCCAUAUUGGCGGCGGCCGCGCUGUAUUGUCAUAAAUAGAAGCCGGUUUUGUGGUGUUUUCACUACUCGGUUGACUGCCUCGGCCGUAGUGAGUGGGGAAGUGAGCGAGCAAGCGAGCUGCAAGCGAGCGGAGGGAAGUGGACAGAGGAAGGAAGAGAGGGCAAGAGCAGGACCCCAGAGCGAAAGGCACUCGCUGGAGGGAGACGCAGGAAGCGAUGAAGGAGAUGUCUGCAAAUACUAUGCUGGACAGCCAGCGUCAACAAAAGCAUUAUGGAAUUACCUCUCCGAUUAGUUUGGCAUGUCCAAAAGAAAUUGAUCAUAUUUAUACACAGAAAUUAAUUGAUGCUAUGAAACCAUUUGGAGUAUUUGAAGAUGAAGAAGAAUUGAACCACAGGCUGGUUGUUCUUGGUAAAUUGAACAAUUUAGUAAAAGAAUGGAUUUCUGACAUCAGUGAAAGUAAGAAUCUCCCACCUUCUGUUGUGGCUACUGUUGGCGGUAAAAUUUUCACAUUUGGAUCUUACAGGCUUGGAGUACACACCAAAGGAGCUGAUAUUGAUGCACUUUGUGUAGCCCCAAGACACGUGGAGAGAUCAGAUUUUUUUCAGUCCUUUUUUGAAAAAUUGAAACAUCAAGAUGGCAUUAGAAACUUAAGAGCUGUAGAAGAUGCCUUUGUGCCUGUUAUAAAGUUUGAAUUUGAUGGUAUUGAAAUUGAUCUAGUCUUUGCAAGACUGGCAAUACAAACCAUAUCAGAUAAUUUAGAUCUAAGAGACGACUCUCGCCUAAGAAGCCUUGAUAUACGGUGUAUUCGCAGCUUAAAUGGGUGUAGAGUUACUGAUGAAAUUUUGCAUUUAGUGCCAAAUAAAGAAACUUUUAGACUCACUCUAAGAGCAGUCAAAUUAUGGGCAAAACGUCGUGGUAUUUAUUCCAAUAUGCUGGGAUUUCUUGGUGGAGUCUCCUGGGCAAUGCUGGUUGCCAGAACUUGCCAACUGUAUCCAAAUGCAGCAGCUUCAACUUUAGUUCACAAGUUUUUUUUAGUUUUUUCCAAAUGGGAAUGGCCAAAUCCUGUGCUGUUGAAGCAACCAGAAGAAAGCAACUUGAAUUUGCCUGUCUGGGAUCCUCGGGUAAAUCCAUCAGAUAGAUACCAUCUUAUGCCCAUAAUUACCCCUGCCUACCCACAACAGAAUUCUACGUAUAAUGUGUCUACAUCUACUCGAACAGUAAUGGUAGAAGAAUUUAAACAAGGUCUUGCAGUUACAGAUGAAAUUCUUCAAGGGAAAUCAGAUUGGUCCAAACUAUUAGAGCCACCAAAUUUCUUUCAAAAAUACAGACAUUAUAUAGUAUUGACUGCCAGUGCAUCAACAGAAGAAAAUCAUCUAGAAUGGGUUGGAUUAGUAGAAUCUAAAAUCCGUGUACUUGUUGGAAACUUGGAGCGGAAUGAAUUUAUUACUCUUGCCCAUGUGAAUCCUCAGUCAUUCCCAGGAAAUAAAGAACAUCAUAAAGCCAACAAUUAUGUAUCAAUGUGGUUCCUGGGAAUAAUUUUUCGGAGAGUAGAAAAUGCAGAAAGUGUUAACAUAGACUUGACAUAUGAUAUACAGUCAUUUACUGAUACAGUGUACAGACAAGCAAACAAUAUAAACAUGCUAAAGGAUGGAAUGAAAAUUGAAGCCACUCAUGUGAAGAAAAAACAGCUUCAUCAUUACCUACCCGCAGAGAUUCUUCAAAAGAAGAAAAAGAGCCUUUCCGAUGUAAGCCGGAAUUCAGGUGGCCUUCAGUCCAAAAGAUCAUCCCUGGAUAGCAGUUGUCUGGAUAGCUCCAGGGACACCGAUAGUGGAACACCUUUUAAUUCGCCCGUGUCUACAAAUAAGCCUUCCAACCCAAACAGCCCCUCAGGAGAAGCAGAAAGGAAUAGCACUGAGCCUGCCACUGUAAUUGUGGAGAAGCUGCCAAGUGCCCCUCCAGCUCAAGGGCUAUCUAUUCCAGUCAUUGGUGCAAAGGCUGACCCUGCAGUCAAAGCCGCGUCCUCCCCACCAGGAUGCACCAUCCCUACUCUAGUGGGACGGAAUGUCAUCCCUAGAGUCACAACAUCCCACAGCCUUGUCCAGGGACAGCCACAGCUAAACGGACUGUCGAAUAUAAGUAAGAACGUCACACCCAAAAGAUCCCAUUCACCACCUACAGAUGGGACGUCUAAGAGGUUGAAAGACAUAGAAAAGUUUAUUCGACUUGAGUCAGCAUUUAAGGACUCCCAUGCUGCCGAGGAUAGGAAGAGAAAACCAAUGGAUGCCAUUGGUAGAGAAUCUAUGCCCAUUCCAACUAUUGAUACAUCACGCAAAAAGAGACUACCCAGUAAAGAACUGCCGGACUCGUCAUCUCCAGUUCCAGCCAGCACCAUCCGUGUCAUCAAGAACUCCAUCCGACUGACCCUCAACCGAUGUUACAGUUACCAGGGAGGAUCAGUCCAGUGACUACAGCAGAGUUGGCACCACAAAUUCUCUAUAUUUGCCUCCCAUGGAGGCCUUCAAGUUCAUCUUUAUUAGAAAUCAAACUGUAACCAGGAUACUGAAAGUCAGUCAGUAUAUGAAUGGUGAAAUUGUUACAUAUCUUACUAUCUCAUGACAUUCUUGUUAGCUGAUUGGUAUUUUUUACAAAGGAAGAAUUCAUCCCACCGUCAAUGAUAAGAUUCAUUUAAGUAUGGCAGACUUGUAUUUUUGAAGUAUAAAAUUAACUCAGCAUGGUAAUCCCUCACCAUAACUUCCAACAGUCUCUUCAUGGAUUAGGCAUGCGGAAUAAGCAGUGGAUUUUAUUGAAACCUCAAGGCAUUUUUGAAUGACAGUGUUACCGACCAUUAAUUGGCUCAGGACCUUUGUAGUUUUUAUUUAACUAUAUGAGUUGUCUUUUUUUACACUGCUUUUUUCAGUGCAUUUCUUAAUAUUUUUUAAGUUUCUUGAAUGCAUGCUCAGUUUAUUAAAAAUCCACAACCAUGUAAUUCUUGUAAUCUGUUGACUCCGUGUUUUGUAAAUGAAGUCGUAUGUAUUUUCAGAGUAUUUUUGUAUGUACUGUAAGAUAUCAUCUUUUCAAAGAGAAACUUUAAAACCUUUA